AUGGAGUCAUCGCGUUCAAUUUCCCCAGCUCGUUCGUCAACAACACGAAAAGCCUUGUCUGACUUCAACGAUGCUACACCGAGCCGCCGUCCAAAGAGCGGCAAACGUCUUUGCACUGCGGAAAGUGAGCAUCAGCCAGCACAAGGCGAUGCGGCUGUUGACAUCAAGAAGGUCGCACGGUGCCCGCUGGGUGAAUUUUCGGGCAAUACAAUUUAUCGCAACCGGAUAGCUCCAUGUGAGAAAAGAGAUGAUGGACAUUACUGCAUUGAAGAACUGGUGGUUCCAGACUGCGCAUCAGCCCUUUGUACGACGUUCGACGGCGGCCACAACGCAGCAUGGAUUGAACGCAUUUUUCAUGGCAUUGAAAGGCUUGUCAUUGUGACAGGUUCCAAAGAUAUACCACAAGACGUUGGGGAGGCUGUCUUGCGCAAAAUGACAAAAGGAACAAAGGAAGAUUCGAAGACGGCAGAGAAUGGUGCAACAGACAACCGCACAACAAUAAACCCAAACCGUUGGUUCUGGUUGGAGGCCAAGCCCCACACCAAAGGUUGUAUGCAUUCCAAAGUUUAUAUUUUCCGUUCCAAGGAGGGACUUCGUGUGAUUGUCUCUGGAAACAACCUUACCAGAACUCAGUGGCAGGGGCAGCGAGAUGUCUUCUGGGCACAGGAUUUCCCCCUGGACACCAGCGACAGGGGGCCUGAGCGAGGCUCUUUUGGAUAUGAUCUGAUUCCUUUAUUAAGAGACAUGACAAAAUGUGCCAAAGCAAAACACCAGGCGGUGGUUGACAGCAUGAUCAAGGCCCUCUUUGAGAGAGUGAACUUUGACGUCAACUUUUGCCGGAAAGAGGCAACGACUGCCCGCUUGGUAUACUCGUUUCCACGUCCCAAGGGAAGCAUCAAAGAUAGAGGCGGAUGGAAGAGACUUGCCGAGGUGGUAGGAGCAGUGAUCCCCGCGGCCCAGUCCAGCGUCGUCGACCACAACGACCAAGAUGACUCCGAUGGCUCAGACUCGGAUGAAGACGACAUACCCCGCCGCGAUGACAAAGCAGGAUUGUUGUUUGCCACUAGUGGAUCGUUGGGAAAUCUAGAAGCUGAUUUCCUUCUCCAAAUGUGUAAAGCCAUGAACGGGCAGGCACCGAUUGCCAAACGGCCAGCAAUUCCAAAGAAACUCGCAUGGGCUGAAACAACUCCCAAACAGCCCGUGUGUCCAAAAGAGCCCUCGUGGGAUGACGUUCGUGAAAGGGUGCGGUGCUUUUGGCCUGGCAAAGCGACUGCCAUUGAGAUGGACCUAAUGGGUUUGGGAAUGCUUCGUGCAAUGCAAGAAAAACAUUUGAAGGAAGUUUUUUUGGUCGGUUCACAGCGGAAGAUUCUGCAUGAUGCCAUUCCGAACCCACCAACCAAGAUCCGAUCGAGACUAUUCCCUGAAAGCGGCCGGGACUUCUAUCCUGUAACCCAUGGCAAGUUUAUGUGGAACGAUCGCGCUGGUGGUGGUGUCCUGUAUGUUGGAUCCCACAACCUUAGUAAAGCAGCAUGGGGCUUGAGAAACGCUCAGCCGAAAAACCUUGAGAUUGGAGUAGUUCUGGGAACCAGCAGUGCAGCAAAGAAAAGUGAGUGGAUAAGUAGAUUACCGUGUCGGCUCGUUGCCCCAAAUGUUGAGUCUCCGGAGACAUUCUCUCCAUACACUCGAUUCAAGGACAUUGCGGAUAAGCAUCCCGAUGCACAGGACCGGCUGGUGAAGCAAGCAAUCUGCCUCUACCAAGAAGCUCGAGAUCGAGAUCUUUUUCCAGGGGAUCGUGAUUUCUGUUUGGAGGACAUACUUUUGGGCAGCCAGGAAUUCAUUCGCCAGUUUGUCACAGAGGUGAAAGAGGCCAUCGCGGAGGAAGCCGCCGAAACCGAGGAGGCAACAAGGAUGUAG